AUGGGUUGGUUUUCAAGAGAUUCAUCGAGUUCUAUUCCAAAUAACCAAGUAGAACAACGUUCACAUCAACCGUUAGACUUAUCUGGUCAACCACCGUUCAAUUCAGCAACGUCUAAUUCAAAUGACCUUUCAACUUCAUCGGAUAUUAAUCAUACCUUAGAUCAAUUAACAGAAAAUCAAACCCCUCUUAAGUUAAAAGAAUUGAAAGCAAAUACUGUAAAGGCAAAUAAUGAAUCAGUAGCUGAAUUUGUUAAUGCAAAACCAAAAAACCUUUUUGUCAUUGAUGGCGAAAAGGAAAUUGAGGAGAGUAUUAUUUGUACCAAUAAUGAACAAGGAGGUAAAACAUGCUUGAAAUUGAAGUACAACUCAGUACAAUUGUUCAAGCAAAUGCAGAAAUUAGAGUACUUCUGUUCGUUGCCUGACGACAUAAAUGCUACUUACUUCGAGUGCAGAAAAAUUACAUAG